AUGGUUUCCUUCAAUGUUAUCGUCUGUGGUGGUGGUUUAGGUGGUCUUGCUGCUGCCAUCGGUUUAAAGAGAAAGGGACACAAUGUCACUAUCCUCGAAGCUUCCACUGCUCUUAAUGAAGUUGGUGCUGGUAUCCAAAUGCCACCAAACUCCGUCAAGAUCCUUAAAGAAUACGGUGUCUUUGACAGAUUUGAAAAAUACGUCACCAGACCAAAGAACAUUAUCUUAAGAAGAUAUGACACUGGUGUUCCAUUAUCUACUACUCCAUUAGACCCAGAUAUGACCAAAGCUUAUGGUAACCCAUACUUAUUAAUCCACCGUGCUGAUUACCAAAGAUUAUUAUUCGAAGCUGCUACUGAACUCGGUAUUGAAUACAAGACUGGUUGUAGAAUUGACCAAGUUGACCAAGAUACUGCCACUGUUAUUUUAGAAACUGGUGAAAGAUACACCGGUGAUUUGAUUGUUGGUGCUGAUGGUAUUAGAUCCAGAGUUAGAGAUACUUCUGUUGUUACUGAAGAAGUUGUUCACCCAACCCCAUCUUCUAACUGUGCUUUCAGAGCUACUGUUCCAAGAGAAGAAAUGUUAUCUGACCCAGCUAUUGCUCACUUAAUGACUGAUGUUAACUCUAACUGUUGGAUCGGUUACAGAAGACACGUUAUGGCUUAUCCAAUCAGAAACGGUGAAAUGUAUAACAUUGUUAUGUCUCAUCCAGGUCAAGCUUCUGUUGGUAAAUGGAAUGAACCAGGUAAUGUUGAAGAAAUGAGAGACCAUUACAAGAACUUCGACCCAGUUGUUCGUCAAUUAUUAACUCAUGUCAAGACCGUCUUAAAAUGGGUCUUAGCUGAUUUACCAAAAUUACCAAGAUGGAUUUCCCAUAGUGGUAAGGUUGCUUUAAUUGGUGAUGCUGCUCAUGCUAUGUUACCAUACUUAGCUCAAGGUGCUGCUCAAGCCAUUGAAGAUGGUGCUACUUUAGCUGAAGAAUUAGAAAACUGUGUUUCUACUGAUGAUAUCCCAAGAGCUCUCCAACAAUACCAAAAGAAGAGAAAGAGAAGAGCUGAAACUAUCCAAGCUGGUGCUAGAAAGAAUGGUGACAUCUGGCAUUUACCAGAUGGUGAAGAACAAGAAGAAAGAGAUACUUUAAUGAGAUCUAGAGAUGGUGCUAACCCAGAUCAAUGGUCUGAUAGAGAAUUCCAACAAUGGUUAUUCGGUUGGAACGCUUUCGACAACACUUAUGGAUCUAAGUUGUAA